GUUUGAUAGGCGGAAAGCUUAAUGUGUCUGCUACCGAGGGCCAAUUUUUGUUUAAUAUACUUUUGUCCUGAAGGACUCAUGAAAUCUGUUUUCACACAGCCCUCAUACUUAAUCCAUUUACAUUUAAUGUCUUAUGUAGGAUUAAAAAUAAGCAAAUGAUUGAUGCAAUCAGAAUCCUUAAGUCAGGUGACAGUGAUGACCUCCAAAACCUUUUGCAAACAUUCAAUAUACAUUCUCGUGAUGCAGACAAUAAUACGUUGCUUCACCAUGCCUGUUUAUUAGGAAAUGUUAAAGCUGUACGUCUUCUGUUAGAUAGUGGCGUUCAUGCAAAUGCCUCCAAUAUUGAUGGACAGACUCCAAUUUGCGAUGCAGCUCUAAGCGGAUCAGCUGAGAUAAUUUCUCUUUUAUUAAGAAGUAAAGUUGAUGUUAAUCCACCAUCUUAUUGGGGUUCUCCGUUAAUCUAUGCCACACAGAAUGAAUCUAUAAAUGCAAUGAAAGUUUUAAUAGAUGCUGGUGCAAGUUUAAAUUCUCCUGAACGCAAUGGCCUUUGUCCACUACAUAUAGCUAUCCAAAGGAGAUUUUAUGCUGGCGUUUACCUUCUACUUUCUAAAGGUGCAGACCCGAAUUGUGGAGUACGAUUGACAACUCCCUUGCAUAUGGCAGCGAAAUUGAAUGACGUUGACAUAACAUAUUUACUGUUAGAAUUUGGUGCAUCUCCGACUUCUCUAGAUAAAGAGAACCGUACUCCAAUUGAUUAUGUGCCAAAUACGAGUCCAGUUUAUCAGUUAUUGAAAUCUGUACAAAAUCAAGUUCCAUCAUUACAAUCUAUUUCAAGACUGACUAUUUUUUCUUUAUUACGCUCUGCUAAAUUGUCACCAGUUAAAGAACUUUAUUUACCAAAUAUUUUAAAAGAUUAUCUUUCAUUUCGUCAUUUUCAUUUUGUAACUGAGUAACUAAUACCGAACAAAUCGAUCCGACCUACCCCAUCUAUCUAUCUAUCUAUCCCUGUGACAAUGACAAUCAUACUGUUAACAUCGUUUGUGUUGAUGUCAUGUUUUACUUUGCUUGUUUUUUUUGUUGUUGCUUCAUUUUAUAACUUGUUAAUUUGUUAUAUUUUGACUGAAUUGUGAGGUGUUUUAUAAUGAGUCUUUCAUGUUAUCUCUUCCUAAGCAAUAAUAUUUCCAGUAGUAGUUUCAGUUAUUAUCAUCAUUAUUAUUAUUUUCGUUUUAUGUGCGAUUCAUUUGAUUAAUUUUGUUUCAUUCUUCCAUUGUAUUUGGCUAAGAGACAAAAAGAGUUUUGGUUUUAUACUCUACACCGUGUAAAUGUUACUUACGGUUCUAGUUGUACAUGGGUGUGUGUGUUUGUAUGUGAUAGUAGUAAGUAUUGAUGUUGCUCAUUUCUCUUUUCAUCAUUCAUGACAAUUUUGUUUUCUCUAAAUGAUUAUUUUGAUUUAUUCGAAGUGAUUUCUUUCUGUUUUAUUGUUGUCGUUCUUGUUGUUGUUGUUGUUGUUGUUGCUUUUUCUAUUGUGUGUAUGUGUGUAUGUGUUGGGUUCAAAGAAGAGUUGAUUAUUUUCAUACUUCAUUAUAUUGAUUUAAUUUAAUUUGUUAGUUUGUGCUUAUGUAUGAGUUGAUACGACUUUUGAUAUCCAUAUUAAAUUUGUUGUCAUUAACUUUUGAAGUAAUAAAAAAGUUGGUGGUAAGAUUCUU